AUGCGGGCUGUCCUGCGGGCUGUCCUGCUGGCUCUGGUCUCAGUGCCUAGGACCCAGGCAGUGUGGUUGGGGAGGCUGGACCCUAAGCCGCUUCUGGGGUCCUGGUAUGUUCUGGCCGUGGCCUCAGGUGAGAAGGGCUUUGCGUUGGAGAAGGCCACAAAGAACAUCGAGGGUGUCAUGGUGACCCUUACUCCAGAAAACAACCUGAAAAUGUUGUCCUCCAGGCACAGGCUGGAGAGGUGUGACGUGAACGUGGUGGAGCUGCUGAGACAGAGCUCUGGAUGGGUGUUUGAGAACCCCUCCCUGGGAGUGUUGGACUACCGCGUGCUGGGCACCAACUUCAGGGACUACGCCAUUGUGUUCACGCAGCUGGAGUUCAAGGACGAGGCGUUCAACACCGUGGAGCUGUACAGCCGGACGGAGCUGGCCAGCCAGGAGGCCCUUCGCCUCUUUGCUAGGUGGAGCAAGGUCCUGGGCUUCCUGUCUCAGCAGCAGGCCACGCUGCUGCCGGACCUGAAUGCAUCGACCUCCAGGUGGGACUGUGCCCGCCGAGUCCUGUGA